AUGGAUUUCAGCUUUCCUUUUACUCUGCAGUGCUUGCUGGUGAUAAUAACUGUUACUCAUGGCUCUGUCACCUGGACUGGUGUGCUCAGCGGCAGCUCAGCAGUCUUUUCGGUGGGGAUUCAAAGCCUGCAGAACCUCUCCAGAAUGAGCAAGCGGGACGCCAGGUGCCUGACAGUUGUCUUAAAUGAUACUUUGUUGGCUGAAUGUGGCACAUCUGCCAGGAGAUGCCUGAAUUUGCAGAAUGGCUCCCUAGUACUGAGGAGCGUGGAGAAAGAGGAUGAAGGAAAAUAUGAGUUUGUUUUUCACAACACCACCAGAUUUUUUACACUGGAAGUAUUUGAGCCAGCCAUCAGCAUCCAGUGCUUCCCUAACGGGACUGGAGAAUUGUCCUGCAACGUGACCAGCAACGAGAGCACCAGCUUUCGGUGGCUGCUGAACGGCACCGCACUGAGUGUCCCUGAGGCUUGUGUGAAGGAUGGUGGGAAGAAGGUUCACCUGGACAAAACCGUGCCCGGGGAAUUUGUAUGUGAAGUUUACCACGGGAACACCGUCACAAGGACCAGGCCCGUUGCGCUGUCUUGCAACUAUGGAGACCUACUGCAGUACCCGUGGUUCAUUUACAUUCUGGCAGGGUGCACAGGGAGUGCCCUUAUCCUGCUGGUGGUUGUGUCCUCAAUCAUAUGUUGCUGCAUGAAGAGGAAACACAAGUUCAUCCCAGUGCCUUCAGAGGAGAAGGAUGAUGGACUUACAAUGUCGGUGAUCUCCAGCGAAGGUGUGAAGAGCCCCCCCAACGGAGACCAUGUGGAGGCUCAAGCUGCCCAAACUGACUGCCCUCCGAAGCCUGAUGCUGCCCGGACAGGUCAAGGUGUUGAGCCCCAGCCACUGGUGGAAGAAAACGUACCAGUGGAGAUAGAGCCUGAGGAACUGCCAGACCCAGAGGUCAUAGUUGAUGUGGAGAGCCAGGAAAAUGCCUCAGACUGUUUCCCAGAUCCAACUGAUGACUGA